GUCGCCUGGUGGUCCCCGAGCGAGAAGAUGAAGCUCAAGAGCCUCCUGCUCCGGUAUUACCCACCAGGAAUUAUGUUGGAAUAUGAAAACAGUGGAGAAUUAAAGACCAAAUCCAUAGAUCUGCUUGAUCUUGAUCCCAGUACAGAUGUCAACGCCUUAGUAGAAGAGAUACAGAAAGCAGAACCUCUAAUCACAGCUUCACGAUCAGACCAAGUCAAACUUUUAAUACAGAGAUUACAGAAUAAACUCAAACAGCACAGCAACCACAAAUUCUACCUAUUUAAGGUUCUCAGAGCCCAUAUACUGCCAUUGACAAAUGUUGCACUUAAUAAAUCAGGCUCAUGCUUUAUCACAGGGAGCUAUGAUCGGACAUGCAAACUCUGGGACACGGCAUCUGGAGAGGAGCUUCACACCCUGGAGGGUCACAGGAAUGUGGUUUAUGCCAUAGCAUUCAACAAUCCUUACGGUGACAAAAUUGCCACUGGGUCCUUCGAUAAGACUUGUAAACUAUGGAGUGUAGAAACGGGAAAAUGCUAUCACACCUUUAAGGGUCAUACAGCAGAAAUAGUGUGUUUAUCAUUUAAUCCUCAAAGUACAUUGGUGGCUACUGGAAGUAUGGACACAACAGCCAAACUGUGGGACAUUCAGAAUGGAGAGGAACUGUUCACUUUGACAGGACAUUCAGCUGAAAUCAUCUCCUUGUCCUUUAACACCUCGGGAAACAGGAUCAUCACGGGGUCUUUUGAUCACACAGUGAUAGUGUGGGAGGCUGAUAGUGGAAGGAAGGUGUGCACCUUAAUCGGGCAUUGUGCUGAGAUCAGUAGCGCCUUAUUCAACUGGGAUUGCUCUCUGAUAUUAACUGGCUCUAUGGACAAAACCUGCAUGCUGUGGGAUGCUACAAAUGGAAGGUGUGUGGCAACAUUAACAGGCCAUGAUGAUGAAAUACUAGACAGCUGUUUUGACUACACUGGAAAGCUUAUUGCAACUGCUUCAGCCGAUGGAACAGCAAGAGUUUUCAGUGUAGCCACAAGAAAAUGCAUUACCAAAUUGGAAGGCCAUGAAGGCGAAAUUUCAAAGAUCUCUUUUAACCCCCAAGGGAGCCGUCUUCUCACUGGCAGCUCUGACAAAACGGCCAGAAUCUGGGAUGCUCAGACUGGGCAGUGCCUCCAGGUUCUCGAGGGGCACACUGAUGAGAUUUUCUCAUGCGCUUUCAACUAUAAAGGCGACAUAAUCAUUACAGGCAGCAAGGAUAAUACCUGCAGGAUAUGGCGCUGACUGAGGACAGCCUGGGGUGAGGAACCACGGUCUUCAAGAGCUGGGCUUCACCGACGGCCAGCAAGCUAUUUUGAUAUUUUCUGUAGUUUCUCUUUUUCCACAAGUCAACCAUUUAUACACUGUCCUCAGUUUCACAGAUACGACCAUUAAAGCAGUGAAGUUACAUCAUUUCUUGCUAUUAUUUGAUGGAGAUGACAAAAACGAGUAUACACUCUGGCAAAUGUCGCUGGUUAUUUUAAAUUUGUUUUAUCUCUUGAUGGCAUCACGAUACUGAUGAAUGCAACCAGAGUAGUUUAACAGUGUGUCUCCUAGAUUCUACUUGGAAGGCUGUUAUUAUCAUUUCUAUUGAAUAAAGGUUUCGGAGUAAAUUUUUUUGUGUUGCAUGAUGUGUGUUUUCUUCCUUGUGAUGAGAAUUUUUAAGAUCUACUCUUUCAACAACUUUCAGACA